AGCUGGUCAUGUCACAUGACUCGGCUCUCUCAUGGCUACAUACAGCUGAUGGGAAGCGCACUACAUACAGUUGAUGUGAAGCGCAGAUAAAGUCUUUAGACUGAGCUAUAAAGGACAAAACCUAAAUCAUGUGGAACUCUUAACAACACAAUUGGGGUCAGGGAUCUGACUGAUUGCACCGGGCAGUGAAUAAAAGUGGAUUAUUUAUCAUGCAUCCGUUUGGCCGUGAGGAGGAAACCUCCAGACGCGAGCUCUUCGGUUUCUUCACGCGUUGUUUGCAGCGCGGGGAGUGGGAGCUCGCGGCAGCCUGUGUGUGUCAACUUGGAGAAGAUGAUUCGCUCAAACCGAGCGACAUUGUUAAAGCCAUCGUUACACACCCGUACCCGCUAAAGUGGGAAACAGUGGGCAGUCCUCACCGACUGGCCUGGUAUUGGCUUCAAGUGCUAGAGAAACAGACUAAAAUAAAGGUGAGUGCAUCUGUGAAGAAAGAACUGGAGUUCCUGUUGCUCUUAGAGGAACUGGGAGAUGUUUCACAGACUGUACUUGAGGAGCUCCAUGAAGCCUUCCUGCAAUCUGAGCAAGUAAAAGAAAAGAGUCCAACUUAUCAUGCCCCUCCACUGAGUGCUGCCGUUCUGUCCUGCCUCCGUUCCCUAUUAUCCCGUAAUCAGCCACGCCUUGUCCAUUCUCUCAUUAGCUUUCUUCAGCACGUAGAUCGCACCAGAGACUACACUUUACAUGACAUCUUCAUCCAGCACCUCACCGAGCAGGUGAACGUUUCUGUGGAGAAGAGGAAUGAGAGAUGGGUGGAAGAUGUGUGUGCAGCAUUGGCCUUGGCACCUUGGGGGUCAGAGAGGUCGGGAGUUCAGCUGGAGACCCUGUGGAAGGGUUUGUGGUCAUUGAGAGAUGGGCCGAUGACAGAGGAAAGGAUUUUGGGUUGUCUGCCGAGGCCACAGAAUCAAGCUUUGUUGAAAACAUACUGCGCCACAGCGCUCAAACUUCUCAAAGAGAAACUGUUGAAAGAGGCUCCACAUAUGCAGGCUGACUUACCCGAUCACGAGAGAGUUAUGCUUGGCUUGUGCUGUCAUGAUGACAAACGCCUGGUCUGGAAAGCCAUUUACUUUGAGUGUUUGAGCAGUGGAAAGCACUUUUUAGAGCAGGUCUUGCUUACUGGUUUAGAUCUCAUAAAGAGGGAGGAGUUCACCAAACUAGAGGCAUUAUUACAGGCUGAGUUUCAGCCUUUGUCCCGCCUCUUGUUGUUGUUAGGCUGGAUGCAUUGUCAAAGCCUGGAUUCUGCAAAGACCCUUCUUAGAGUCCUUCAUCACCAACAGCCCCAGAACAACGAUUCAGUAUUAAGUCAGUUAGCUUGCACUUUGUCCUCUCAGCUUGAUGUUCUCGAGUGGUGUGACCAGAACAACCCAGGGAUAUCCCACGAUACUCUGCAAAGUCAACUGCACAUGCUAGACCAUCACUCUGCCCUGUAUGUGCUGCAUUCCCUAACACCCCUCGCCAAGUAUGAGGAACACAAAGUGCUGGAACUACUGCAGAGGACAGGAGAUUCUUCAUCCGUGGAAGCACCCAGUACCUCUGUCCAGCGGAACGUCACUCUGUUUCAAGGCUUUUGUGCGAUGAAGUAUGCUCUGUAUGCCAUCUGUGUUAAAGCAUGCAUACAUACCAGCUUCCAAGAGUGUGAGCCUGUGCAGCAAACAGAGGCGGGUCAGUGGGAGGAGCCAACUGCAGAAUCCUCUGACCUGUUUCAGCACUACCUAUCGGAAUGCCAGUUGUAUCUGGAAGCUGUUCCUCCAUUGUUCCGCCUGGAGCUCCUAGAGAACAUCUUCUCCCUCCUGUUCCUUUCUGACACUGACUUCAUCCCGCAAUCAGAUCUGAGCAGCACCAGCACAGAAACUCAACAAGAUGCAAUCCACAACACAAACACUGCCGAGAAAAUGAAACCAAACAGUACCAAAGAGGACAGUGUCUUAAAAGUGGAAAAAGAAGGUGAACAGAUGGAGGAAGUGAACAAGCCUAAAUUUGACUUUGAGUCUGAUCAAGUUAACCCCGAGUUGGGCCACCAAACGCCAGCGUGUCAGGGAUUUCUCGUGGAUUUGUGUGUGAUGGAGAGGAUUUUGCGGUUGGUGAGGGAGGGCUUGGAGGGCGUGUGUGGGGUCGGCCAGGAGGAUGGCAGGGCACUCGCGGCUGACGUGGAAUUGGCGGAAAGUCUGGGAUGCUCUGUUACCACGGAAACCUUCAGCACUCGUUUAAAGAGACUAUCUAAAUAUACAGCAGAGGCCCAAUGGAGACUGCAGAUUGUUACUAGUAACAAUGGCAGUGGAAAUGGUGGCCUUUACCUCCCUUCCCCACUUCCUAGUCCGGCACUUCCUCUGAAACGUCAAGGUAGCGGGAACAGCAACAGCGGUUCAGGUGUUCGAAGGAGAAGAAAAAACUAUCGGCAUCGAUCUGAACGCCACGUCUCCUCUGAGCGACAGAACGGAGAGGUCAGCACUAGUGCCUCAGAUGGUGGGGUUUGUGUUGGAGCCGUGUGUCGUGGGAAUGAAGUGUGUCCGUGUGGUGGAUCACACAGCUGGCUGGUUCCUGCGAUGCUCUCUCCUCCUGAAUCCCUUCUUAUUGCCUGCAUACGCAGAGGCAACUACAUAGAGGCCCAGCAAGUAAUUGCGAUGUAUGGUUUGGAGAACUCUGAGUGUUCAGGUGAACUGGUAUUUAUGGAUCUCUACCGGGACGUUUUGUCAGAGCUGACUCAGGUGGAGCAGAAAAUAGAGAGUCAAUCGCUGUCUUCAUCUUCAUCAUCAUCAGAAGGGUCAGUUGGCGUGGCCCCCACGAGCAGGACAAGAAUGGGCAGCAGCAGCAGAUUAACACUUAAGAGCAUUGGGAGUGCAGCCGCCGCAGGCAUUGCCUUCUAUACCAUCUCCGAUGUGGCUGAUCGUUUACUAAGUACCCCGGCCCGGCCGGUACCCUGUCUAGAGGAGGACUACUGGCUCUCCCAGUGCCCUGUAGACUCCUCUGACCUUCUUCGCCCACUGCUAGAAGAGUUAAGUCCUGCAGCCAUGGCAGCCUUUGACCUUUCCUGCUGUAAGUGCAAGCUAUGGAAGACCUCACGGCAGCUGCUUGAGACAGCAGAGCGAAGACUCAGCAGCUUUCUUGAGACAAGAGGCUUACGAGUAGAUCCAAAGGUUCCUCACAUCAAUGGUAUUAAAGGUUUUUCUUCAGUACUGCAACAAAUCAGCAAGGUCCUCAACAGAACCUCCGCCAGUAAAGCCACAAGUAAAACAGAUUGUAAUGGAGAGGAGAAUGUUGUACUCAGCCCCUUUGGCUCUAGUGCCCAGGAAGUGCUGCUGUGUUGUCAUUCGAUAUUAACAGAAGAGAGUAUCGCCUCUCGCUUAAACCUGCACCAGCGCCUGGAGGUCACGCUUCAAACCCUGACCUCUGCAACCAACACGACAGUAGAUGCUCUGACAGCGAGUUCUCUCCUGACGGCUCUGGUUGAACAGGCUGGUCUCAAACAGUCUGAACUGGAUUCCCAUCCGGUGAGAACUGCUAUGAAACAGCUCCUACAGUAUUUGGACCAACUCUGCCCAUUUGAGCAUGACAGUGCACCUGGCAGACCAGAUUACAUACGCAACUUCUUAGAUUAUGUCAAUUUGCUGGCUUCAGUACUGGUUCGCAGUCUGGGAUCAGACGAUCAGUGCACAGGGGUGAAGUUAGGCAAUCCUCUUUUAGUGUUGCUUCAGUCACCCUCCCAGCUCCUCUCACUUUUGCUGUUUGACAGACAGGUAUCACCUGACAGGGUUCUGUCUCUCCUCCAACAGGAAGGAUUGCGUUUAAGUGUGCAGCAGGUUGUCAUUCAGCGCUGUUGUGAAGCUCUUCCUUUCUGGGAUUCACAGACUGUAGCCUUGUCUCAGGGGCAACCAAAGAUCGCAGGACUUAACGGAGGGGCGUUCUGCCCAGUCAGCAUUGCCGCUCUUCUCCAGCAGUGUGCUCAGGAGUGCGCUCCAUCCCUUGACCUGUCUGACCCCAGCUCUGAGUCCGAGGUCUCAUUGGAGGACAUGUCUGCGACAUCCACCAACCUCUCCACCUCCCCGCCAUCACCGUCUUCAUGCCCUCCUUCAACUUUUCUACUGACUCCAUCUGCGCUGUCUUUCCUGAAGUCCCGGUCUUCGCUCAUCGCCGCCCUCGCGUGCCUCAGUGCCAGUCGGGGUGGAGUGACCCGAGCGACCUCCUCCGGGUGGUCAGGCUUACCAUCCUAUUUUCGUGGGUCCGGGCGUAAAGAAGCGGUUCUGGAUGGAGAACAGAUUGCUAGGGAAGGGGAAGACUUGCUUAAAAACUUUCCUAUUCUUAGAAUGUACCUGCGGGUCAUGGCUGAGCCAGUUCAAGGGGUCACUUUUGAAGCAGAGGAGGGUCUUGGGACGGCUCUGUGCGGGAAGCCUGUCGUGGGGAUGCUGUUUUCUGGCCUGCAGGGCAGUGUGGGACAAACUAUUGCUGCAGAGGCAUUCCAGCAAGCCUUAAACAGCAAGGAUUUGAACAGAGCGUUAGACCUGCUGGAGUUGUACGCUCAACCCUGCAGCCAGGAGGGGGCGCUCCGGGACAAACUACUGGCAUGCACUGCGCUGCAAGGCAGCAGUGGUGUGAUGCAGUUGUUCCGUGUAAGGGACUGGGAGCUGCGUGGCCGUGUGGUUCUGGAAGGUUUGGAUCGCUGGACUUUAGAUGUGUGUUUAGAGCUGCUACAGUUCUGUCUCAGUGACCCAGGCACUCAAGAUCCACUCAGAGAGCAGCUUCAGCAGAGGAAACAGGAACUGGACAUGUACCAGCAGAUGCUGAGUUUGCAGCCUCCGUUGCCGUGGGAGAUGUGGCAGGAGCUGAGGGAGGAGUCUGUGAAGAAUCCAGAAUCUGUUUUUGCUCUGAUGCUGGAUGCCAGGGAGUUUGAGUUGUGUAAUCGGUGGGUGCAGCUGUACACAGUCUCAGAUCAGUCUCGACUGCAGCUGCAGACUGAACACCUGCUACACCUGCUAGAACAGGGUCACACAGAAGAUGCUUUCCAGCUCCUGGAGGCUUUGUCUGGUUCAGUGGGUUUGGAGGUCAGUGAGCAAGCUCUGGAUCGAAGGCCUGGGUUGGCUGCCUGCCACUUCCUGUCUGAUUACCUCACCCUACACUUCCAGAGUCAGAUGACCCCAACGCGGAGACGCCACAUCCACGCCCUGCACCUUGGCUCUAAAGUGUUACUGACUCUCCCGGAAGCAUCUCGUCAGGAUUAUUUUUCCUUGCUGUCUGAUCCGCUUCUCAUGCUGGAGCAGCUGCUGAUGAACUUAAAAGUGGACUGGGCCACUGUUGCUGUUGGGACUCUCCGGAGCCUAUUGCCUGCUCAGGAUGCCGGCAUCACCAACCAACACAUAGACACAAUACUGGCAGAUUAUGCACAGAAGGCUCUUGAUUUCCCCUAUGCUCCCAGAGAGUGGUCACGGUCUGACUCUGUCAUUAGUCUGCAGGAUGCAUUUCUGCAGUGUCCAGCCCAAGGAAGUUGUCCCCCCUCCCCAAGCCACACCCCUCCUCCAUCAUCAGGCAGCACUCCCAUGCACACGCCCUCCAGUGAGAGACGUCCCAGUGCAAAGAAGAGCCGCCACAUGGCGACCCCUUUCACCCCUCCGGAGAAAACUCCCGACCGCAAGGACUGGAUCCCAGAUCACAAACGGCACAUCUGUAUGGUGUGCCAGCGAGAGCGAUUUACCAUGUUUAACAGACGGCACCACUGCAGACGGUGUGGCAGGCUGGUGUGUAAUUCCUGCUCAAGCAAGAAAAUGACAUUGGACGGUUCUGAAGAGCCUGUCAGAGUUUGUGACCAAUGCUAUAACUUCUUCCACUUAGACUCAGACGAGGAGCUUGAGGAAAGGGAAGUAGCUGGCAGCCCGACGUCCAUUGAUGGAGUCCUGAAUGGAGUUUUAAGUCUACCCGAGGUUCAACGAAAGCAGUACCGUCUGAGUCCAAACCCAGCAGAAAACCAGCAGCUAAAGACCGAGUUUUAUUAUGAACAGGCACCCAGUGCGUCCCUAUGUGUCGCUAUACUGACACUGCACAGUGAUCACGCAGCCUGUGGGCAGCAGCUGAUUGGCCACUGCCGCUCACUCUCCCGCAAACUGACCAAUCCCGAGGUGGAUGCACGUUUACUGACAGAUGUGAUGCGUCAGCUACUGUUUAGUGCCAAACUCAUGUUUGUUAACGCAGGAUGUACACAAGAGCCGGCACUUUGUGACAACUACAUCAGUAAGGUGGAUGUGUUGAAGAUCUUAGUCAGUGCAAACUACAAGUAUGUUCCAUCUUUGGAUGAUAUUCAAGAAACGACUGCAGUAACGCGUCUGCGCAAUCAGUUGCUAGAAGCUGAAUACUAUCAGCUGGCUGUGGAGGUGUCGACUAAGAGUGGACUGGACCCGAGUGGGGUCUGGCAAGCGUGGGGUAUGGCAACUCUCAAGGCUGGAAAUCUCAAAGGGGCCAGGGAGAAGUUUGCUCGGUGUCUCAAGGCACCAGUAGAUCGGAACCAGCUAAACCAUGGAGCAAGACUUCUGCAGGAGAUUGUUCAGCACUUGGAGUCCUCAGUCAAACCCACACUAAACACGGCGGUGGAAGAGGACAUUCUGGCCUCUUUACGUGAGCUGGAAGAUGCUCUCUCUGAUUCUGCUCCUUUGGAUGGUGCAGAAAGCAAAGUUCAACGCUCUGGCUACUAUCAGGAGUGUCUGUCUUAUCUGCUCAACUACGGGACACAUCUGAGCCUCAUUAGCUUUUACCUGCGCCACGACUGCCUAAAGGAUGCACUCACCCACAUACAAAACAAGGAGUGUUCAGAGGAGGUGUUUCUGGAGGGCGUGUUUCAGCCCUGUCUUGAACGUGGGCGUUUAGGGGCUUUGCAAAGUCUGUUGGAGACUUUAGACCCAACACUGGAGACCUGGGGUCGUUUCCUUCUCUCAGCCUGUCAGUUACUCCAGCGCCGGGGACAUUACCACUCUUUGUACCAACUCCAGCAGUUCAUGAUGGAUCACGUUCGUGCCGCUAUGACGUGCAUACGAUUCUUCUCUCACGGUGCUCAGUCGUACCUGCAGCUGGGGGAACAGCAGCGCUGGCUGAUCCGAGCAAAGGAGCACCUGAGAACUUACCUGCAAGAACAGCAAAGCCGACGAAAAUCGCACAGCUCCUCGUUCAGGAAGAAAAUGAGCUCUACUGAUGUCUCCAGACAUAUACACACAGUCGAGCUGCAGUUAGAGGUGACGCGCUUCCUGCAUCGCUGUGAAAGCUCCUCUCCUUCAAAGACAGCCAUAGGCCCCACCCCUACAGUGAACAGUGCUCCGCCCACUCUGUUUGGAAACAGCCCCAUGAAAGUGGAUGUGGCCUGCAAGGUGAUGCUGGGAGGGAAGAACAUCGAGGAAGGUUUUGGCAUUGCCUAUCGUGUAAUACAGGACUUCCAGCUGGAGGCAUUGGCGGUGUACAUAAGGGCAGGACAACGACUGAUCCGCCAGCGUCAGUACUCGUCUGUGCGGCAGUUGCUGAAGUGUGUUGGGGAGUCCGGCACAGCUUCUAAACAUGACUGUGAUGCCAUUGUGCUCAGUUGUGUGUCUGUAGCUGACAAGAAUCCUGCUGAUGCUAAAGAUCUAGAGAUCCUGAUUCUGGAGUCUAAAAGUGCAGAAAACAAGAUAAAGGCAUAUCUGCAGUGUAACAAGCUGCGAGCUGCAUAUCUUCUGUCUGUGAAGCUUGAGCUGGCAAAGGCGGCUCCAUUCGUUCAAGACGUGAUGCGAGCAGCUGAGAGCUCAGGUGACUCUGUCAUGCAAGAUAUCUGUCGACAAUGGCUCUCAGAGCAUCAAGAACGAUCACGACAACGACGAGGCAACAACUGAUAACCACUACCAACAUCACAUCAUGCACUCUUACUCCUAUUGGUCACCAAAGUGUUCAGCUUUGCUCUGGUAGGAGUACGUUUGUUAUACUGUACUCUAAUUCACCAAUGUGCCCCUAUUGUGAUAUGUCAGUUUGGGACUAAUUCAACCCCCCCAACUCUCAAAAGUCGACUGUUUCCUCUUGAAACUUGUUAAAGUGAUUCUCUGAUAGUCACAGAGUUCAUAUGUCUGUAACUGAGUAUUAGAAUGGGAUUGUUCUCAGGAAAGGGAUUUUCCUCUUUUCACUGUGACCUUAAAA